AUGGCCGAGGUACUGGGAACUAUUGCGAGUGGUCUUCAGGUUGCAGCACUCGCAGGCAAGAUCAUCAGCAUUGGGCUACAAAUUCGAACCGUCUACCAUGAGAUCCAAGAUGCUUCUGAAGAGGUUACCCUGCGUCUGCAAGAACUCGAGGCGCUGUCCGAAACCCUCCAGGACUCGAAAUCGGUCUCGUCGAAAGUAAGACGCUUCUGUGAACGCUGUCUUUGUGAACUCUAUCUCGUCCUUGGCGACUUGGAAGGUCAUAUUCAGAAGUCCAAGGGUAUAAGGAGAAUGGUCGCUUCAACAAAAGUGAUCCUCAAGAAGGACACGAUACGAAAGCUCGAAAGUCGACUUGACAGAUCGGUGCAGCUGCUAGGGCUUGCAAACCAAUGUCUUAUGGCGUCGAGAUUGAGUCUGAUGCUCGACAAACAAGACGCGAUGAAGACCUUGUUCAUGGCCUAUGUCAGCCAGCCGCGGGUCAUUGAAACAUCAUUCUCAACUCAGCCGGUUGAAUCGAUCUGUGUCGAGCCUCGUGCAAUCGAGGAUAUGAGUCGAGAGUUGACACCAUGGGACGAGGACAGCCGCGGUGAAACAUUAUUUUCAUUCUCGGUGUUCCGAGGCAGAUGGGAUGUUUGUAAUUAUUUGCUUGACGUUGGUGCAGGGCACCACCUGGAUAAGUCAUUCAAGGAUGGUACCAAUCGUGUUGUGUGGUCUUACGAAAAGUGGGGAAGGAGCCUUUACGUUGGUCGGCGGUUUCGACCGUGUGCUGAAAUGGUCCACGAAUGCCAGAAAGUCAUAGGCCGUCUUGAAGAUGACAGCCUAAUAGUCUCGCUGCUCAGUGGCUACACUGGGUUCUUCGAUGAGUUCUGUGCCCUUAGACGCUUCGCAUGGCCAGAUUCGUCAUUUUAUCAUCCGGAUUUUGCACUGCAUAGGAUGCAAUUCGCUGUUUUCAUCGCAUGUGCUCUCAAUAACGGAUGGGCAGCACCGGCAAUGAUUCGCUCCGUCCUGGGGCUCGACAAUGGAAUUGCCCAAGGUAACUUGGAUUUUAGCGUCCGCACUAUAUUUGGGGAGACCAUCUUCCACGGCUUGGCCAUGAAAGCAUACUGGCAGAAGCCAGGCGACGUCCACUACAAAUCUGGGUACCGAAACGUCCAACAGCGCAGCCAGCUGUUGUACUGUCGAGAUGCGAGAAACUCAUUUACGCCUGGCUCUAUGACUUCUAUGAGGCUGGAGUUGACCUGCUAG